UCUCUGCUGGAGGAUGAAGGAUGCAAUGUCUCUAAGUGGCACAUUGGUUGCGUGGCAAGUGGGCAUUACCAGUUUACCAGUGAGGGUUUUGUCCACAGCAAACAUCUCAUCCUCCUAUGUCCCAGCACACCAACAUCUCGUCCCGUAGACAAGAAACAGGAGGAAGACAAAGCAAGAUGGCGUUUGACGGAGAAGGCGUCGUUUUGGUCGUUAUAGUUAGUCGAGCUUAAUCAAAACGUACAUGUACACACAUAUGUUGUUUACUAGAGCAAACGUUGUUAUUAAUUGUUUGUAUCCGGAUACAUUAGUCCGAGCGCACUUUGACGCUUCUCGUGCUAGCUUAGCGUGCUAGUUAGCUUAGCGUGUUAGCCGCUAACAAAGAGAGGCGGAAGUGAUGAAAACACAUCGCUAAGCAGAGAUCAAGUGUGAGUGUAAAGUGUUGUGAUUGUGUGAAAAUGUGCGAAAGAACGACAGCAGAGUACGAGGAGGAACUUUGUCCAACAAAAGAGGAGAAGGCGCGACAACAGGACGCUGUUUUCAAGAAACAUCAAGUUGUUUUUCACAGAACAGACGUCCAACAGCGCCCCCACAAUAAGGAAGAAGAGGGGGAGCCACAGCCCCGCCACAUUAAAGAGGAAGAGGAGGAAGUGUGGAUCACCCAGGUGGGAGAGUGUCUUGUAGGGCAAGAGGAGGCUGAUCUCACCAAGUUUCCACUGACAGUUGUCUCUGGGAAGACUGAAGACAAAACACCUGAGUCCUCACAGCUUCAUCACAGUCCAAACGUCCGUGGGGAACAUCUUCUCCCUGAGCAGCAGGAGUGGGCCUCGAGGAUGGAGCAUUAUGAGCCCCAGCCCCCCUAUAUUAAAGAGGAAGAGGAGGAACACAGCAUCAGUCAGGAGGGAGAGCAGCGUGAAUGGUUGGAGGAGUUGCCAUUGACUGUCAUUGUGAAGAGUGAAGAUGAUGAGGUCAAAGGUGAGAGUGAGGAGAAGAGAGAGGCGGAGCCUCCAAGCAGCAGCUCAACUCAACACAUGACAACAGAAGCUGAUGGAGACCACUGUGGAGGAUCACAAGCAGACAAGCUCUUAGCUCCACUAUCAGAUAGUGAGGACACAACGUCACACUCUCCUGACACUGAUGAUGAAGACUCUAAAGAUGAUAAGACAUGCUUUACAUGCCCGCUCUGUGACAAAACGUUUAAUUACCGUUGUUAUCUUAAAGUACACAUGAGAACACACAGUGGAGAAAAACCUUAUUCGUGUUUAAUCUGUGGUAAAUGCUUCACACGGGGACAGUGUUUGAAAAAACACAUAAGAUUACACACCGGGGAAAAACCUUAUACCUGUUCAAUCUGCGGCAAAUGUUUUGCACAGAGUCAAGAUUUAAAAAGGCACACGAGAACGCACACCGGCGAAAAACCAUAUCCUUGCUCAAGCUGCAAAAAAAUAUUUUCCGACCGAUCCGCGCUUGCACAACACACGAGAACACACACGGGACAAAAACCUUUUACCUGUUCAAUCUGUGGUAUAGGUAUGGUACAGAGUCAAAACUUGAAAGCACACAUGAGGACACACACUGGUGAAAAACCAUAUUCCUGUUCAAACUGCAACAAAAGCUAUUAUAGCCAAUCAGCGCUUGUAAAACACGCAAGAACACACACUGGUGAAAAAGCUUUUACUUGCUCACACUGCAACAAAAGCUUUUAUGGCCGGUCAAACCUUGUCGAACACAUGCGAAUACACAAUGCAGGGCAACCUUUUACCUGUUCAAUCUGCGGUGAAGAUUUUAUUCAAAGGCUGCAUUUGAAAACACACAUGAGAAUGCACGAGAAACCCUUUUCAUGCUCAGAAUGUGGUAAAGGUUUUGCACAAAAUAAUUGUUUGAAAGAACACAUGAGAACACACAGUGGAGAGAAACCUUUUUCCUGCUCGGAAUGUGGUAGAGAUUUUCGACAAAAAAAGGUGCUCACGCAGCACAUGAAAAUACACAGUGGAGAAAAGCCGUUUUCUUGUUCAAUCUGUGAUAAAAAGUUUGUACGAAGAGAGCAUUUUAACGUACACAUGCGGAUGCACGCGGGGGAAAAACCAUUCACCUGUUGAAGCUGUUGUAAAGAGUCGGGACAAAGUCAUCUUUUGAAAAGACAUGAGAAAACAGGCGAGAGAGUUUUGAGGUGAUUCGUCAAACCUUUGUUGUUAGUAAAAUGAACAUAUUGACUUGUUAACAACAUUAGCACGUAUAGCAUCUGUGACAUCGUUAGUGUGUGUGUAACAAUUUUAUUAAUGAUUCUAUAUAUGGAUUAGAUAUUUUGGAGUAGUUCUUUUUUCAGUCAAGUACAUGUAUUAAUAUACAACACUGUGUACUAAUAUAUAGAUAAUAGAAACAUUUGACUGACAAUGUGAGAAUAAACCGUACAAAAUAUAAACUUUUGUGUGUGUGUGUGUAAUAUGUUUUUACAAUAAUGAAGUGUUAUGUAUUUUAUUUUUUACUUGUAAAUGAUUAAACAGAUGAAUUCCUUUAU